AUGAAUUUUACGAUUAAAAAUUGCUCAAUAUUGAUGAUCAUCAUCAUCAUUAUACAAACAUCGCCAAUUGAUUGUAAUCAUCAACACGUUGAUUAUGGUGAUCAUCCAACGAUUCGUUUUUAUAAAGUAGAAGAAUUAAACAUCUACAAUACAUUGGUUGAUUGUGUAUCAAAUUGGCGUGAAAAAUUUGCUAAAUGUAAUCUGGAAAUAACGGCAUUAGCGGACAAUAUAUUCACCGUGAUUAAUGAACAUUCAACCGUAGGUGAAAUAAUUAAAUGUUGUGGCAUAUGGCUAGUACGUGAUUGUUGGCUUUCACAUAGUGGCCAUUAUUGUACUAAAAAUCAAACGGAAAUUAUAUGGCAAUUACCAUUUAAAUUGGUACCAUAUCUACACAAAUGGUGUAAUGUUUAUCAUGAUCAAACAAUAAUGUGUUUGAUACCAAGAUAUCCAUAUUUAGCAACAUUGAUCAUUUUAACAAUAAUGAUUGUCAUAUUUAUGUUUAUUACAAUCAUUUUCAUUUACAUUAAUCGUCGUCGAAAAUUUGGAACAUUUCAAACUAUUGAUAAACUAAAUAAUCAUACAGUGAAUAAUAAUAAUAAAAAUAUAAAAACAUUUGAAUAUAAAAAACCGGAAGAUCCUGAAUCCGGUAUUAAACCGGACAUCGAUAAUAAUGAUAAUGAUGAAAAGGCUGAGGCGGAAGAACGGCAAUCAUUAAAAUGA